AUAUUUCAUUCUUUCAAUAUGUCGGCCGCAAUUCGCGAGAAUGAGCUCUUGAUCCGAGCAUGUAUUCUUUACGAGUCACUCGAUGAUAAGCCAAUCGCGGAAUCAUACAAAAACUUUUGCCGAAAAGUUGGAAAGGAUAUCAUGACACUUCAUGAUUUUGACUACUGGUUCUACCGCUUUCACAAUGGAAAUCAUGAUUUAUAUCAUGAUAGAAGCAAGGAUCCCAAACCAAAAUCGCUGUCAGACUUCCCGAUCGGAGUAAUGUACGAUGUGUUGGGCCAUGUGGAUCCGUUUGAAAGAUUGGUACUUCGAAAAGUAUCUCGAAAUCUUCGCGACGUUGUUCAGAAAAUGAGAUGCGAAUUGGAUGCUUUGUAUGUCAAUAAAGAGAACACUUGCAUCAGUAUUGGUUUUGGUCAGGGUACAAUAACUUAUUCUCAAGUGGAUAAUGGAUGUCAGGUUGAUCAGUGGAAAAGCUCAAGUGGUUAUAAGAAAAAGUUUGUCGAAGGAGGUGAUUUUAUGGAGUUAUUCAACACUGAUUUCCGGACACUAUUGGAAAACAAAAAAGUCAUUCUAAAUUCGUUUGAUGUGCAUCACUAUUUGUUGGCCCGCAAUGGAACAAAUGAAGAACAGUUUCUUGACCACCUCAUUGAAAUCAUCAAGUCGUCUAAUAAAUUCACCACAAGAAGCUUCGGCAUUGGUGACUUGAGUUUUGAUAAAAUCGCUCGCUUUCUAGAGCUUAUGGAGCCGAAAUCACUUGAGAAACUGGAGAUCGGUAACAUAAUUGGCUCGACUGACUAUGAUCAUCUUGUGAAUACCGAACAAUGGAAAACGCUCAAACAUUUCAUAUCUGAAUGUGUUGAAAUUUCCAUUCCAAUUGAUCAUUUACUACAUUUCACUACGAUGAAAGUGGACUUGACUGAACUCACUGUACAUGAUGCCUUGAAAAUUCGUGACAUGCUCGACACUUCCGAAACGUUUGAUUAUGCGAUGAUCUAUGUGAAAAUGACCGAUCCAAUUGAAGUUGCGAGAGUAUUUAAUCCGGAGUAUAACAAUGAUGACAACCAGAAUAGAUUAUUUUACUACACUAACCCGGGAAACAAGAAGUUCGCAAUUGGUUCGAGUAAAAGUAUGCUGUCUAUUAGUGAUCUAGCCUCUGACUAUUUUGCUGACUGAUUUUAUAAUUGUAUCGAUUGAAUAAAACAUUUUAUUUAUU